AUGUUUCCCACUCAGCAACUUUUAGAAAAAGUUAGUAAGGAAAUCCAAAAUAUUCCGAAUAAACGUAAAGAAAGCAAGCGUGGAAUUCAUUAUGGCUUAUUCUUGUUGGGUUAUAAAUCUGGUCUACGCAUCAGUGAAGCAGCAAAAAAGAAAGGUUGGUUUACAUCCCAAAAAGAGUUAUCGGAGUUAGGAAUUAGCGAAAGCAUAGAGUUAUCGCCACACACUCUACGCCGUUCUUUUGCUACUUAUCAGGCAGAAUCUGGUAUGCCUUUGCCUAUUCUCCAAAAAUUAUUGGGACAUUCCUCAAUUAGAACCACUGCUUUAUAUUGGCGGAAUAUUUAUGGUGAUAACAAAGGAGAUACUGACGCUCCUAAUAUUCUCGCCGGCAAAAAAAUACCAAAGAACCCCGAAUCUGUUUUUAUAGAACAAGAAUCGGUAAUUUCACCACAAAAACCAAUUCAGCAGGAUAAUUCCUUAUCAGCUCCAAAUCUUAGCAAAAAACUCCCACAAUUAGUUAACGCAAUUCCACCAAAAUCUCAAGAGAAGUUUUUACUAGCCAACACCAACAAAAAAAAUGAUCAGCUACAAACCAGUCAACAGUUAAUAUUAAUCCCUAACCAAAGGGAAAAAAUAACCAAAACAGAACUUAUUUUAUUAGCUAAAAUUAAAAAUUUGGAGCAGCAAUUAGUCCAAAUUCAAACUGAAAAUAAAAGUUUAAAGUCUGAAAAUCGGCACUUGAAGAUCCUAAUUCAGCAAAACCAAUUAAAAACCGAAGCAAAAAUUAUCCAACCACUAUCUUAG